GGCGGCGCGAGGCGGGUCCCGGAGCGAGGCCGCCCGCGGAAGUGCCGGCGGCCAUGGUGCGGCUGUACAACCUGCACCCGUUCGGGUCGCAGCGGGUGGUGCCCUGCGGGCAGGAGCCGGGGCGCUUCUGCUGCGGCCGCGAUGUGCUGUUCGUGGCCAGCGCGGCGGGCAGCUGCAGGGUGGAGGCGUUCGCGGUGCGCGAGCAGGGCCGCUGCGAGCCGCUGGGCUCCUUCGCCACGCUGGGGCCCGUGCGGCGCAUGGCGUACAGCCGGGCAGGAGACUAUCUGGUGACAAUUGAAGAAAAAGGCAAAGCAAGUUUCCUAAGAGCGUACGUGAACUGGAGAUGCAUGUCUGGAGGGAGUUCCCGUGUCUGUGUUCGGAUGGUUGGUCACAAGAUGGAAGAGUCAUACAGAGAAACCUUGAAAGAACAGAUGUCCAUUGUGGAAAUGCCACUUUCGGAUCCUCCGCUGUGCAUUUCAUGCUGCCCUGUAAGUGGAGAUCUUCUUGUGGGCUGCAAAAAUAAACUAGUCAUGUUCUGUUUGAAGUACGUGGUCAUAAACCAGAAUUUGACUGUGUUAGACUUUGAACGCUCCUUGAUUUUACACAUCGGUAACCUGAUUCCCGCCGAAGUCGCGUUUUGUGCCGGACGCGUAGCGAUAACCACAGAGCUGGAUGUUCUGAUCCUGAAACUGGUGCAGCAGCACGCGGCCGGGACGGAGCGAUGCGCACGAGAGGAGCCCCUGGGCGCAGGUGUGAGGGAUGAAGGCCCUUCAGCACAUGCUCUGCAGCUGGAAUUAGACGAGUUCAUCGUAUGUCAGAAGCCGGUGGAGCUGCUUGGGGAAGAGAGCGCGCGAUGCGAGAUCCCCGUCACGCUGGAGUCCACCGAGUUACCCACCGAGCACACAAAGCGCUUCCACGUGCGCUAUCUGCUUUUCAGAUGUUUUACACCGGACCAGUCGCCUUUUGGGUUUUGUGAAGAGACAAAGCUGCACUCCCUUCAGCUGCUUCCUGUGUACCAGACAGGAAGCUCUGGGACAGCCCAAGAGGAAACUGAGAACAAGAGAGAACUACUGAGUCUCUUCUGCUUUUUCUCUUUACCUCAUGCUGGAUAUCUCUACUCUGUUGGGAAGUCAGUGGAGCUGAUUUCUACUUACCAGUAUUCAGAGAAGUCAGAGCAGGCGGUUCUGACUCCGCAGUUCCUGCACGUCAUUACGCGCGAGAGCCUGCAGUGUUUCACCGUGCGGUGCAGCGCAGCAGCAGCUCGUGAUGAGGAUCCGUAUAUUGAUACGACCGUGAAGGCCUGUCCACCCGUCGCCCUGGAUGUCUGCACGUUAAGAAUGCAGCUUUUUAUAGGACCAAGAGCUAUCUGUCAUUUCAAAAACCAUAUUAUUCUCCUGACUAAAGCAGACACGGAAGACAUUACCGAAAGAAGCAAGCCUGCCAGAAGGAUGCUUUCCGGAAAGACCGACAGCAUCAAAUCCAGGACAAAUUCUGAGUCGGAGCCCGGCUGGAAUUUAUAUAUUAUAAACACUGUUUCAACCAUUCAGCUUUACAGAGAAAUGGUAGAGUACAGCAGAACUUACGAGAACGUGGGAACGGAGAGCUGCGUGCACCUGCUGAGCGAGGCCCACCUGCUGGUGAGAGCAGCGCUCAUGGGGCCCCGCUCCCUGCGGCCGGAUCAGGAAGCAGAGCUCUUGGGAGCGUUCAGAGAAAGCUGUGCCUUCCUAGGAGACUGCUACAGCAGGUUUGACACCAAGGAUUACCACCUCGCCUUGCCGUACUACAGAAUGUCGGGUUUGCCCGUGGCUGAAGUUCUAAAGAGAACAGUUUCAGAAGGUGAUGAAACGCAGACAUACGAGAGAGGAUUUAUGUUUUACUUAACUCACUCUCUUAAUGAAGACUUAAAUGAAGAAUUAACCAAGGAAUCAGCAAAUAAAGUUCUCCAGAUAUUCUGUCUGGCUGACCCUGUGCAGCUGCCUCAUAUCCUCUGCAGCCCCUGCAUGAGAAACGUGUGUCCUUCGGCAGCGGUGAAGUGUCUCCAGCAGGUAGAAAAGAUGAUGCCAUCAGUGGUCCUGACACUCACUAAGGCUUCCAUGGCUCUGAGAAUGGGAGACCUGAUGAUGUAUGAACACGAGAUGGACUCCUAUAAGGAGUUCAGUGCGUCAGGAAGCAGUGACUUUGCCGAUGGGGGUCUGUGCCUGACGCGUGUCUGUCUGCAGACAGCGCUGGCGUGCGGCUUCGCCGGGCAGCCGCGGCUGCUGCGGCAGCGCCGGGACGGCGCCGUGGUUCCCACCCAGCUGGCCGCUCACCUGAAGGAGACGCAGCCGGCGCUGCUGGUGGCGGCCGCGGUGGCGCUGCACGAGGACAGUAAGAUGCACCUGGAAGAAGCGGAUUCCUUUUUCAAGAGGCUGUGCAGGGACAGCGAAAGCGCUGUUCCCCAGCUCCUGGUGGAUUUCUGGGAAGCUCUUCUCGUGGUGUGCUCUCAGGAGGAAACACUUCAGCAGCUUUUAUUGAGGGUUAUUUCUCAGUACGUGUGGAGAAUAUCAAAGCGGCAGCUUCCUGAGACCAAGCCGCUGAAAACAACAGAGGAUCUGAUAAACUCCUGUAAUCAUUUUGGGUUGAUUUUCCCGUGGGUAACUUGCAUAAUGUCAGCGGGAUCUCCAUCUGAUAAAGACUGCCAUGAGGAUAUCUCAAGACUACAGUCCCUGCUGUGCGGCCCGUCGGUCGACGUCGCCGCGGUCCUGCCGGCGCUGGAGCCGCUGCCGGGCGGCGCGGGGCUGGCGGUCCGCGUGCUGAGCUGCAGCCGCCGGGGCCAGCGCGGGGCGGCCGUGGAGCAGCUGCUGCGGAGCUGCCCCCGCGCAGCCGCGCUCUACGUGCAGCACGAGCUCCGCGGCGACAGGCGGACCGUGUGGUGGAACAAGCUGCUUCCUGAACUUUGCAAGAGAACCAGACUUGCUGGGAAUGACUGCCCUGCUCUGAUUUCAUCACUGAAAGAAACUCUGUCGGUUGUUGCGGUGGAACUGGAGCUCAGGGAUUUCCUCAGUCUGCUGCCAGAGGACGGAACUGCGGCGUUCUUCCUGCCCCAUCUCCUGCACUGCAGCCAGAAGCAGCCGCUGCCCCGCGGCAGCGAAGGGCGGCUGGGCUCGAACACCAGCAGCGUGCUGCAAUAGAACAGUCAAUGAAACGAGCAGUAGAACUGUGUAGAAGGUACCGCGGGACUGCCCUCGCAUCUCACCUUAUUUCUCAGUUGAAACCUUACGACAGCAGAGCGUCUGUUUUGAAGCCAAUACUGUUACAUGACAAUGUCAGCAAACCAGCGUUGUGCCAGGUGGAGCUGAGGGCUGUUGGGCUGGUGAAAACAGCCCUUGGGCAGGACCAUCUCACUGAGGGUGAACUUACAGACUGCACAACUGGAAAUACAGUUCACUGAAAGUGAAGUCAGCCUUAAUUCUGGGUUAGCUGGACCACGGACCCAGGGAGGAGUUUAAGCUCAGGCAUGUGUCUGAGUACGAGUUACGUGCCUUACUCUUCUAACUGGAACUGGGCCCUAUUUCAUUUUGCAACACAGACAUUCCCUUGAGUUCCAGCUGCCAAAACCAGCUGCUUUGUCAUCUUAAUUCCAUACCCAUGCAAGUGUUAGGCUGAAAAUGUUUUCAUUUAACAAUUCACAAAGGCCAUAAAUCAAAGAGAAAUGGAAGCGUUCCCAGGGGGAGCGAAGGACGCAGCUUGCGUGCCGCUCUCCGUUUCCUGUCCCCUCCCGUUGGGCUCGGCCGGCAGACGCGCGGUCGCGGUCCCGCUCGGUCAGACCCAGCUCCUGCAGGGCUCUUGCUGAGUGUCUCGGGUACUGUGCACGGACGUACUGACGUCUGUCCUUUGUUUCCUUCAGCUGGAGUUCAGUCCUAAUAAACUCUCACAAUAUUUAUGACCUUAGGGAUGCAGUUCCGAUUUUUUUUGAGAAUCUACCACAAAUUAAACAAUGACUCCAUGAUCCCAUAACCACUCAAAGGCCUAAUUAGAUGACACAGACAGUACCAAAUCUAAUUUCACUGAAUCUGUCCUGUUACUUCAACCUCUAGAAGUGAGUCAGAAGAGAUUAUCUACAUUACAAAUGAAAUAUUUAAAAGAAAGGAAAAAGUAGUUUAACUUAUUUAUGCAGCAUGCCUGCUAUGGCCAAAAUCAACUCUCUCAUUCACUGGUAGGAAUUACGCUGGUUUCAGUAGAAACUUUUGCCUUAAGAAAAGCAAAAGCAAUUCAGGCUUGUUGCAGAGAAGCAACUUCCCUUGCUCCGGCAGCUGGAGACCCGAGUGUUUUGCGUUGCCCGUCUCGUGCAUCAUUUGACACGGGUCUAACAUGGACCCGGGCUGGUGAAGCACAGCUGGCGGCAGAGCGAUACGGCUCCUGCCGCGUAUCGAGCACGUCAGUCACACUGAUCCUGAGCCGCGGAGCUGGCCUCGGCGUGCACCGCGUAACUAACCGCACAACAGCUCCACUGCGGCUGUUUCAGAGUCACCGGAGCAAAGCUCUCGGUACAGCACGACCCAGACCCUGCCUUCGCCCUUUGAUCUCCAUCAGGCUCGUUCCAGCGCGGCCGUGUCUGUCUUGUAAUUGUUUUCAUACCAGAGAAACAAAAACCUCUUGUGCAGCCAUGACCCCUCAGCCACUGCAUCUUCCACAUUUAUUAUCUUGAAAGAUGCUACAGGGUAAAAUUAUUAAACAGAAAUAAUGGAACUGUUUUGUUAGCCGUUCAAUUAUAUGACAGUAUAUGUAUUGUAAGUGUGAUUCUAUGGAUAAAGUGAUAACCAAAUUCCUAUUUUCAAAGCAAUAACUAAUAAACUCUCCAAUCUGACAGCACACACCUAAACAAAUGUUGCUGUUACACAGGGUUAUUUCCAAACUUGAAAAAAGAAACAUAAACAAACAACAAACCCACAACCAACCAAAAAACAAAACCAACAAAAGACCCAGGAAAGCACGUUUCGUGUGGCUCUUCCGUGCCCCUCGGCAGUCAAACAACAGGCGUCAGGCAUCACCCAGAAUGUGUUUAGCUUGAAAGAUACCAUUUAGAGAAAAAGAUACUUAUAAGCUGUUCUGUCCAUAACUGCCUUAGUCUAUGGCCCUUUUCUUGCCACGGGCAUCAAGUGAAAUCUUCCAGAACACACGUGGAGAUGAACUGUCCGGGAGAUGGUGCUCCCGUGACCGCAGGCCGUGCCGGACCCCGCGCUAAGGCGUUCUCGUCACUCGGGUGUCGCUGCUGAACCCUCACACUUGAACCGGCUGGACAAUCUUGGGAACAGAGACUGUUUGUCUGAAAGAGAGAAAUCAGCUUUUGUUACACACGUUUCAUCAAGGAACGGUCUAAACAUAUGGACAGAGUCCCAAAUGAGAGCAACGGGUCCCAGCACCUUUCAGACAUCGUGGGUUAGAUUUAAAAACAGCUUUAAAAUGCACUGAAGGGUACAUCUUCAUGAACUUUAGAUGGCUGAUUAUGAAAAAGUCCAACAUACUGCUUCUACCAGUUCAAGUCUGUUUCUGCAUCUCUUUCUGUGUACUCUUAUAUCAACGUUUUUCUUAGCUGUGCAAGUCCGGUACAAUGUAUUCUGUAAGCCAGAAUGGUUUAUAAAACACAACUAGAUUGCGUUUAACAUUCCAGUCUGUGCUUUUAGUACAGAUACACAUGCACAUUAUAUAGUUUAUCUGCCUGUACAUACACACAUGUUGACAUGUUCCUACUGUUCUGUUGGUUACCUAUAAUGUGUACCUAUUAUGCUCUGUCUUUUGAGUGCAGUAAAGUGUUGCUUGUAAAAACAUUAA